GGAUGUGCCGGCCACAUGUGUCUGGGCACGCGAAGAGUUCCGGAUUCCAGAUCACAUCUUGUCACAGGCCUCCGCUGCUGAGCCCGAGACCAACAGCGACGUGCUGACGGAUGUGCGUUGUUUGCUGCCUCCGGAGAUCUUGGGGGCUCCCUUGUUGAACAGUCUUCACCUGGGGCUGCAAGACCCUCGUGGCACUCCCUUGCCCUCCAUGGCUAUGCCUUUGUGGAAGCGACCCGAGUUUUUGGAGGUGAUUCCCACGCGGAUUGCACGGAGCAGAGGACAGAGUGUCACCUUGCGCGCGGCGAACCUGCCACCCGUCUCGACGGCCUGGUGUUUGCUCUCCAUGGCGUCGGAAGAUGUGCCCGUGCAAGUGCAGGCCGCCGGUGGUUGGUUCAACCGGUUAGGUGAGCAGUUCGGCGGCUAUGACACGUCGCCGUCCCCCGUGCCUGAAGAAAAGACCAGAGGUGAGCUGAGGCGACAAAAUUCCAAGGCGGCGAGCCUGCGCCGCAGCGACAGCAGCUACGUCUUGUUGAGGCGCUUGGAGGAAGCGGGUGCCGAGUGGCGCGAUGUGGACAACCUUAGUGACGAUCAGUCCCACAGUCCCGACACGGACGUCGCCAUGGACGCGUCAACGUCGCCGUGCAAGCGAUUGGAGGUGGAACGCGAUCGCUUUGUGAAGCUCACAGAGUUUGGACCUGUGCCCACGUUCCCGAGGAUCCUCUGCGUGUCGCGAAGGUACUUGCGCAAGAACAAGUAUGUGGACAUCACGGGCGAGUACCAUAUCGACUUGAUUCAGGACUUUGGAGGAGCUCCAAUCAUCUUGCCACGAACUACAAGAACCAUCCAACAACUCUGUGAACAUUUGCCAAUGGACGGCUUGGUGAUCGCAGAGGGCAACGACCUUUCCGACGACAUUUUGCUCAAGUAUGGCUGCAAUAUUCCAGAGAGGCUGACUGGAGAAGCGGCUCAGAAGUUUGCAAGCGACACGGAGAUGGAUGUGUCCAAAGAUGAACUGGAGUUUGCUUUGAUGAGGUUUGCUUUGGCUGCAGGUGUUCCGAUCUUGACCUUCUGCCGCGGUUCCCAGAUGCUAAACUGUAUGAGAGGUGGAACCCUCAUUGGUGAUAUUGAAAGCCAAACAGACAGCACCAUCAAGCACUUGAGAGAUUCCAGCGAGCCAGACUAUGACAGCUUCCGCCAUCCCAUCAAAGUCGUGCCUAAGACUCCUUUAGCCGAAUGGUUUGCGGAUAGCUUGGGCAAGCAUGGAGAUCCCAACGUUCUCAUGGUGAACUCCUAUCAUCAUCAAGCAUCAAAGGACCUCGGUUGGAGUCUGGUGCCAAUGGCACACAGUCCGGAUGGUAUCAUUGAGGCGUUCUACGAUCCACGAUAUGAUCCCAAAGCCGGACAAUUCGUUGUAGGUUUGCAAUUCCAUCCCGAGCGGAUGCUGAGUGACUAUCCCGGCUGUGCCCGCUGCUACCAGUCCUUUUUAGAGGCCUGCACUGCGUAUAAGGCAAUCCAAGAUUCUGGUCUCUAG